AUGUGUUCCAUAAUAGAUGGACUGAAGCACCGGAAGCUUCAAUCGAUCAACUCUCAAUCGUACAAUUUAACGAGUACCACCUAUGACGAUGAUCAGGUGGAAUGGUGCAUUACGCUUACUUUUCUAGCCCGUUUGAUUGCAUACGUUGGAAUUCUAACAUUGCUUGUGAUUGUUGCAUACAUGAUAUUGAAGUACAUAAAUGAGUACGAUGGUGAGGAGGGCGGUAUAGAGGAUAUAAGAGAAAGUACUGAAACAAGCACGUUACAACCCGGAAAGACGAUGCCAGUAACAUACGGGACAUGUGACGAGUGCGAUAUAGAAUCCGGAAAUUGCAGCAACAGCAGCAGCAGCAGCAGUAAUAGUAGCAAUGGCCCAAUUACAAGCUCCUCUGAGGACUUGUAUGAUGGGAAAAUAUGUGUGAUCUGCUACACUGAGCAAAGGGAUUGUUUUUUGGUUCCUUGUGGACAUUGUGCUACCUGCUACGUCUGUGCACAGAGAGAAUACAUGUUGCAGGAUUUUUUAUGGGGAGAGCAAAAUAUGUCCAAUAUGCCGAAGAUCCAUUCGCAAAGUUAG